AUGAUCAUAUUUGUAGAUAAUAAAUUCAAACGACAUGCUUCAAUUAUUGCACCUGUUUUGCGUCAUAGUAAGGUUACUGAUAACUUUGAUAUAAUUAUUGAUUGUACAGAUAAAUUAUUGAAUAUUUGGCGUAAUAGUCCUAAUGAAUAUGUACAUGUUAACAUUGUUCAGCAAACUCAAAAUCUUCUUCUAGCCAUUUUUGGAUUUAUCGCCUUUGAUUACGAUUUAGAGGCAUUUGAUAGCGAUGUUAGUCCAUGUAAAAAUGAAUUUGUUCAAACAUUUCGUGAAUUGUUAAGCCUAUUUGAUAUUGCUUUGUAUUGGCCAAGUGCUCUCUUAGCUAUUUGUUUCAAGAUGCAUCCUCGAAUUCGACGAUUAAAAGUAAUUCUUGAACGGAAUCUUUUUCAAAUAAUGAAGAACGAAUUAAAUGAAAGGUCAGAAUCAAUAUCUUAA